AUGAAAUCAACUUUUAGGUUGUACUACCUUGGCGAUGCUCUUAGUCUAGCCUCCACGGGUAGCGCAAUCUCAUCUAAUCCGACAGGACACUCGAGUCGUCUGAAUGGAGGAAUUUGCUCUGGAACUGGAAGCGGAGCCUACCAGAUUUCUGUGGUUGCUAGGUUCGAUCAGCAUAAAGGCAGAGUCUGGCGUGUCUCUUGGAACAUCACUGCCAAAGUAGAUUUCCGCCGGCUUGUCAGAAUUACGGAACUCAUCUGUCAAUGCGUCGAUGGUACAGCUAUUGCUUGUGACAUCGACUUCGCAGUCAAAUUUUUUGAGGCCUUAAAUUUUCGCCAUGGCAUCAGUAUGUUGCUCGUGAGUUCAGGUUCGUUAUGCUAG